UCUGGCUAUGCCAACUCUCGUCCCUGCAGACAGCCGUGGAAAUAUGUCACGCCGUAGCUCUCCCAGAGUAUCAUGAUCGCAUCCUCAAAGCCGGAACCAUCGUUACUUAGCUCCAGCGAUGGACUUCGGCACCUCCACCGGCUAUGUGGCGCCCAGCGCGAGCGACCCACAGAGUCUUGACGUUUCGCUACCUAUGUUUAACAUAGAACGUGUGUCGCUCCAGUUCUCUGUGGCUUCGGACUUUGUCGCCGCCGAGGUUGCAAAUAAUGUCUUAAUCCUCGCUCUGUCAACUGGUCGCAUCCUGCGCAUCGAUCUCGACAGUCCCGCGGACAUCGAUGACAUCGAUCUCCCGAAGAAACCCAGUGAGAUUGGAAUAAUACGACGUCUCUUCCUCGACCCCUCCGCCUCCCACCUCAUCAUUACCACUACCCUCGCCGAGAACUACUACCUUCACACCCAGUCACGCACCCCGAAAGCUCUAUCCCGUCUAAAAGGAGUAUAUAUAGAGAGUGUGUCGUGGAACCCGUCAACACCUACUGCAUCGACCAGAGAGAUACUCGUCGGGGCGUCAGAUGGGAAUGUUUAUGAAGUCUACAUUGAGCCGUCGUCUGAAUUCUACAGGCGGGAAGAGAGAUAUCUAAAAGGGGUGUAUAAAACCAUUGAUGGGCCGAUUAUUGGCUUGUGGACGGACAUCAUUCCUGGAAGAACAGACCUGAGGAGAGUCAUCGUCGCAACACCUUCGACUUUUAUGCAUUUCGCCGGAAAGAUUGGGCGUCAUGGGAGUGAGGGGAGCGGAUCAAUAUUCUCGAAGCUAUUCGAAAUCGAGACUGCCACCGUGCAUGAAGUGUCAAACGUAUCACCCGGCGCUCCUUCCUGUCUGAGCGUUUCUCCAGAAAUGCAAGAUAACCCACCUUUGGAUCAUACGGCUUCGGAAAGAGCAUUCGCCUGGCUCACUUCUCAGGGUAUUUUACAUGGAAAACUGUAUCUCUCAGCAGAUACCUCCGAAUUAGGUGGCAGGAUCUUGUCAGAAUCAAAAAUGCUCCCCAGAUCUCAAAUCCCACAGUCCCAGAGAGCUAGUGGCCGCGCGAGGAGGUCCCAAGAUGCCGUGAUUUCGAUGAUACUCAGCCAAUGGCAUAUUUUACAGUUGGUUGAAGGAAGGGUAGUAGGUAUCAAUCGCUUGGACGAUACAGUCGUGCUGGACCAAAGUGUACUGGAGCCUGGUCAAAGCGCUCUUGGGCUUGUCGCAGAUAUCAAGAAGAACACUUACUGGCUCUUCACCACUCAAGAAAUAUUCGAGAUAGUCAUUACUGACGAGAGUAGAGACGUCUGGAAGAUUCUGUUAAAAGCACAGCAAUUCGAUGCAGCAUCCCAAUUCGCGAAAACUUCAUCUCAGAAAGACACUGUGGCUACAGCAUCUGGCGACUACCUAGUUGGAAAGGGACAGUAUCUUGAGGCAGCAUCAGUUUACGGUCGGAGCACGAAACCCUUUGAGCAAGUGGCUCUCGCAUUCAUCGACAAAGGAGAACAAGACGCUCUACGGAAGUAUCUCCUGACAAAGCUGUCAACUCUGAAGAAGUCAGCAGUCAUGCAGAGAGUGAUGAUAGCUACUUGGCUUGUCGAGCUUUUCAUGUCGAAGCUCAACACCCUCGAUGAUACUAUCACAACUAAGGCUGAACUGUCAGAGAGCAUGAACACGGCGGAAACUCAAGACAAACUUUCUGUGAUCAGGAAGGAAUACCAAGAUUUUGCCACAAAGUACAGGACCGAUCUUGACCGCAAAACGGUGUACGAAGUUAUCAGUAGCCACGGAAGAGAAGAAGAACUAUUGUUCUUUGCUACCAUUGUCAAUGAUUACAAUUAUGUCCUCGCAUACUGGGUCCAAAGGGAACGAUGGCAAGAGUCUCUCGAUGUGCUCAAAAAACAAACAAACCCAGAUAUCUUUUACAAGUACAGCAGCGUCCUGAUGGCCCAUGUACCGGUAGAUCUCGUUGAGAUCAUGAUGAGGCAGGCCAACCUGGACGCUCAAAAGCUCAUCCCAGCCUUUUUGAACUACAACAACAUGACCAAAAUCCCACUCAACCUAAACCAAGCCGUGCGAUACCUUUCUUUUGAGAUCAACCAACAUCAAUCGACCGAUGCCGCUGUCCACAACACACUCAUAUCAAUCUAUGCCUCGCAUCCGACUUGCGACGAAUUUGCGCUUCUCGACUACCUAAAAGCCCAAUCAUACGCCCACGAACAGAACUACGACGCUGACUUCGCCCUCCGUCUUUGCAUUCAGCACAAGCGAGUCCAGAGCUGCGUUCACAUCUACAGCUCCAUGGGCCAGUACGUCCAAGCCGUCGAUCUCGCCCUCAAAUACGACGAAGUUGAUCUCGCCAGCAGUGUCGCCGACCGCUCUGACACCGAUCCAGUGCUUCGAAAAAAACUCUGGCUCGCUAUCGCUAAGAAGGUCAUAUCCCAAUCCUCAGGCAUCAAAACCGCAAUCGAAUUCCUGCGCCGGGUUGAAUUGCUAAGGAUAGAGGAUCUGAUACCUUUUUUCCCGGAUUUCGUGGUGAUCGAUGACUUCAAAGAGGAAAUCUGUGCCGCACUCGAAGACUACUCGCGCAAAAUCGACGCGCUGAAACAGGAAAUGGAUGAGAGUGAAGAAACUGCCGCGCACAUCAAAACCGACAUCAAGGCCCUCGAACAGCGGUACGCAAUCGUGGAACCCGGGGAAAGAUGCUAUGUCUGUGGGCUACCACUAUUGGCGAGACAGUUUUUUGUGUUUCCAUGCCAGCACGCAUUCCACAGCGAUUGUCUCGCGAAGAAAGUUGUUGAACUAGCAGGUAUUGCGAGGGGAAAGCGGAUUACGGAACUGCAGGUAGAGGUUAGUAAGGGGGCGAGUGUAGGCGCGAAGAGGGAGAAAGCGAUUCGAGAACUUGAUGCGCUUGUAGGUUCUUCUUGUGUGUUGUGUAGUGAAAUGGCUAUUAAGCUCAUUGAUCAGCCGUUUAUUUCCGCGAUGGAUGAUAGAGAGGAAUGGGCGCUGUAGGUUUGAGGGAGAUGCUUUGGGCCGGGGCGUAGUUUAGAUAUCUCAAUAGACAAUAUGCCGUUAUUGAGAAUCUUGCUUGUCCUGUGUUCACGUGCAAUUAGGAUUCGAGUUUGUAUGCUUUGGGUGAUUAGUGGUAGGAAGUGCUUUUUUAUCGCUCGUUUCCAAUUUCAAGAUCCCCCUAGCAGGCUUAUG